GCUGUUCCCUCUACUCAGUGGUGUAUUCAUUGAAAUCGUAUGAAGUGCCCCGUUGCACGUCGGGUAAACUGAAAUAUGUACGUACGUCGCACAGCCUCGAAAAAAGCGUUGAGUUGUUAUAUUCAUCGAGUGAAAUAAAAACUACAGAGGCGAAAAAAAAGUCGUCCCUCAUCGACAAUUUGCGUGUGAAAACGCUUGGUUCAGUGGUGGUUAAACAAAAAUAAUCAGUGAUACUGAAUCACCAAAAAGUUGCAUUGUUUUUGGGGUGGACAGGUAGUGGGGGCACUACAACUGGGUGAAAUAAAUACACAUAGCCGGUGGAGGUGCUUUUCCACACCAGGGGACAAAAAUACGAGGUCUGGUUCUGAUUGUUGGAGAUGGCCACCAGUUACAGACGAUUUUUAGGGUCAAUGGAAUUAGGUGAAUAACGACUGGAAUACCAGAUGUGACUAAUGAGUGCUAGAUACAGACUAAGGACAAUAGCCCUGAUAAUACAUUUAUUUAACGUGUGCAUCACCAUCUGGUGAUACGAGAGGACAAAAUGUGUGAUCAAACAGAAAUUUGUUAUCUGGAAGGAGACGUUGUCUGGGUGAAGAUGGGCUUCUGUUGGUGGCCUGGACAGGUCACUGGCGUGGACAAUCUCCCAGAAGAGCUCAAAGUGGAGUUCAACAAAAAGCCACCCAUCGCUGCUGUCAAGUUUUUUCAGGAGAAUGUUUACGAACUCGUGAAGAACAUUCACCACAUUUACAAAUACAAUUGCACACAGAAGGAUGACUUCAUACAGAAAGGCCUAGACAAAUACCGUUCAAAAUCCAAAAGUGGAUCAAAAUUAAUGGACCAAUUUCCCGGGGACAUCGAGACCGCAGAGACCUUGACGGGUGGUGAUCCUGACAUCCUCAAAUCUGACAAGUUCUGUCCCACUGAGAAACCCGACAUAUCUGCCCUUUUCGGUGAGAAAAAGUCCCCAAAGAAAAAGCAGAAAUCUAAAGAUGACGAGAUGACACGUCGCAGCUACGAUGACGAGCGCAGGUCAGUACGCCCUCGUUUAUUCAAGGAGACCGAUCACGAGGUACGAAUUCGCUGUCAACCGAGCAGUCACCCAACGACGCCAACCUCGAUGGACAAGAACAUUUUUUCGUGUCCUCUCUGCAGCUUCACCUCAACCCGAGUGAACGUUCUCAUUUGCCACAGCAAGAUCCAUCGAGAUGGAGGUGCCGAGGCCUCACCUCGUCCAGUACAAAUUUCCACCAAGAGGCGAUCACUGGGGAAUGACUCGACGAAGCGAAAAUACGUGAGAAAAAUCAAGAGCCUGCCCAGGUUGAAGAACGAUCGGAGCUCUGAGCCGACGAAGAGGAAGCAGAAGCAAGCAGAAAAAGUCACAAAGAAGCAGAAAGCAGAUCCUGAGAUAAAUGAUCUCCUCGCUGACUGGGACGAUGGCUCUGAGGACAACAUGGACGUAGACCUCAACAAGUCCAGUGACACCCCCAUUGGCAGUCCCUCGAUGAAGGAUUCUACGACAGCUGCAGACGAUGACACUGAUCUCCUCAAGGAGUCGGAGAAGCUGCUGAAGGAGACUGAGAGUCUGUCCACGCAUCUGGAAAAUUCCAAGACCAUCGAUUCCGUCUGUGAAACCCCAGAGGUGCUGAAAACCGACCCGAAAAAGACAGAGGAGACUGUGAGUGAAUCUGAGAGCCUGUUAACACGUCCGAAGAACUCCAAGAGUAAAUCUGUGAAUGAUUCUCUACGUGAGGAGCCCGGCCUCAGUCCCUCGCUCAUCAAAGACAAGAAAAAGAUAAAGAAGGCUGACCACGAGGACGAAUCCAAGGAGUCCGAGAAGUCGGCGACGCGCGUGAAGUACUCCAAAUCCAAGCCGUCAGACAACGAGUCCCUCCAGGAAGCUACGACUCCAGUGGUGAAGGAGAGGUCUGCCCUCUCCAAGAAGCUGAAGAAGAGCUUGGGGGACAGAAAAAACUCGACUCCAGAGAAUGAUCAAGAUAAAUCAAAAUUCUCGUGCUUCGACUUCGAGGAGGAGGAGCCAGAACCGGCGUUCCCUCCAGUGAGAAAAAUACCUAGAGUCUUCGGAGAGAAGAACACGUCCCUCAAGAAGGAGAUCAUCAAGGAAUUCGUACUGAGUCAAGCGCUGGCGGAGGAGAAAGAAGCUGAGAGCAAGGCGAAUGAGAAGGCACCUGAGGAAAAUGUCAGUGAGGAUUUGAAAAAAUCGGAGGAGGACGAGAAAUUAUCCCAGGAAAUUCUGAAAACUGUUGACGAAGCUAGUGAGUUGGUGGCUAAAAUUGCGUCUGAGACUGAGAAAUCGAACGAAGGGAAGUCUAAGCGAGAUGUUACUGAGACAGAGUUGGAGAUUGUUGAAAUCCUGGAAGUCGAGCGUGAGAAAGACGGCGAAGAAAUUCCUGAGGAACAAAAAAAUAUGGAUACGAAUGAGCCUGAGCUUGAGCGUCAGCCUGAAAAAAUUGUGGACAACUACAGAUCCCCAAUGCACUCUCCAGGGAAGUCUCCAGGAAAAUCUCCAGGGAAAUCACCGGGUAAAUCCCCACGAAAGUCACCAUCGAAGUCCCCAAUGAGAUCCCCAAAGAAGCUGACCCCUUCCUCGAGCCCAUCGAAAUCAGAACCACUGCCAAAAGAUUCCAAAGACCUCGAGGACGAAGUUAACUCGGGAAGAGUAACAAUCGAGAGUGAAGAAGAAACCCUCACGAUCUCUCAAUUAUCAAAUGCAGGAUCUGGGGAUGGGGUCGAGCUGGGAUGGAAUCAAUUGAGUGAUAUUAUCGGAGGUGAUAAAUCCACAGAUCAAUCAUCUGUCGACUCUCUCCAGGCCAAAGUAUCAGAGAAACCCGCAAAGCGUCGGGGAAGGCCUCGAAAGUAUCCCCUGCAGACCGACAUCAGUGGAAAUGGCGACUCCAACAAAUUCGAGGAGCCACAGCUCCCUGGGACCCCUGACAGUCACGAGACGGAUAGAAAAACAUCAGAGUCCGAUGGAGAAAGAUCAUACACUGGGAGGAGACGAAAGCCCAACAAAAGGUACCUGGAGUCUGACAUUUAUUCGUCCCCAGGUCGUAGGACCCCCAGGACUGACGAUAGCCAGUCAGAGACUGAAGAGAAGGAGCACAAAGUGAAAGGGAGAAGGGGCAGAAAAUCCUCAGCAAUAAGCAAGACCUUUAGGAAAUCCCUGGAGGAGUAUGAAUUUUCUGAUCAAACCCUAGACAGUGCAGAGGAGUCUGGAGUCUCACCAAAACCACCCAUUAAAUCCUCGGAAUUUACAAGCGCGAGACCUGACGGGAUGAGUCCAGUAAAUAUCACUGAUCUGUUGGCUACAAGUGACGUCGAGAUCAAAUCUCCGGGGUUCGGCAGUCUUGAGCCCGAAGUAAAAUCAUUUGAGACUAAAGUGACAACUGAGGUACCUGUGGCCCACGAGGAAGAGGAGGAGAAGAAAAUUGAGAUGCUUCCGCCAAAGAAGUCGCAGAUAAAAAAAUUCGAGAUGUCUCAGAUUGAUUUAAAUGAGUCAAUCGAGACAAAAUUCGCUGAUCCUCCUGAGACAACAGAGACUUUAGUUGAGACUACUGAAGAAGAGGUGAUACCUCAGGCAGUGAAUGACCUUCAACAAGAAAUUGUUUCAGAAAUUAUAACAACCGUUGUUCAUAUGGAAUCAGAAACUACUGCUGGCACUGAGAAUAUUGUUGAGGAGACUAUUGAGAAUAUAAUAAUUGAGGAAGUGAUUGAGACGAAGGAAACUGUCGAAGCUCCUCGUCAGGAAGAAGAGCAAGGGCCUGUGGAAGCAAAUCCCUCAGUGUCUGAAGCUACUACCGCAGCUGCUGAAAUUCCAGAAGUCCCCGAAACUCUCGAAAUUCAGCCAACUCCGAGCGCCGAGGAAAAAAUCAUCCCAGAAGACGUUGAGACGGUGGUCCAAGCUCCUGAGGAUGUCCCAAAUGACACAAACAUCCCUCUCCCUGAGGAAUCUGUCGCCUCCCCAGCUGUAGAGGCCUUCAACUGCAGUCCUGGCCGUGAAAAAUCUCCUCCGAAAGAGUCACCGGUUCCUGCGGACGUCUCAGUCCCGGUGAAAAAGCGAGAGAAACCUCGAAUAAUCGAGAACGUGACCCUUAGAGAGCCCAUGCAGAUUCUAAAAUCAAAACUCCUGGAAAAACAGCCUGUAAAAGGUGCCAAGCACAAGUUAGAACCUGACAACACCUGCAAAACUGAAGCUGGUGGUAGCCCCCGAACAAAAAUGAUCAAACUCGACUCAAAUAAAGCCAACUCCUCCCCGAAGAGUCAGGCGUUGUCAAUAACUAAGAAACUGCAGGUGCUGAAGGCAGAUGAGGCCCUGGAGCUUCAACAGGAGAAGUUAACUCUCCCGAACACGAUCAGUAUCGCUUCGAGUGGUGGAUCAGAAGCGUCGGAAGUAGAAUUCGAUAUAAAUUCAAUUCCUUUCGUGAUGAGUGAAGAUCUCACCCCUGAGAACGUCGAGCAGAUGCCAGUGAUGAUGUCAUCGAUAAUCUCACCAUCCUCGAGUGCUAUUACGACAGCUCUCACCCUCCCUGUCCCCACGACUCAACAUAUCAAUCAAACGAGUAUCCCCGAGAAGGCUCCAGCGAAGAAAAAAACAGCAUCUCCAACGAUACUCAAGGCCAAAUCGAAAGCUAAACCAACGAUAACGAGCAUUAAAACCAUUGUACCCCCGAUGAUAGCAGGAAUGAAGGGGAUCAAGAUUCAGGGCCAGCAGACGACGAAGACGAUGCCAGUGUUGUCGUCGCCGAAGGGCUCUCCGGGGAAGUACGUGUUCGUACAGACGGGACAACCAAUGCGUUACACCGUCCAGGGGACAACCGUUCCCCAGAAGAUGCCGAUAUCCUCAAAAACCACUCCUGGAAAUCCGCAGAUUGUCCAGCAGGGUGGCAAAGUCGUGAUCCUAACGUCUCCUCAGUCGGGACAUACUAAAGUGGGAGUUCAAAAAACGAUAACGACUGGAAAGGUUCAGAAAAUUGUAACGAACAAAGGCCAACUGCUGGGACAGGUCGGUUUCAAGACGACAAUGAUAGCUCCCAAGAGUGAUACGAGCUCACCCACAACAUCUAAGAUUACAACAAGUAGUCAGAAAAUUGUUAACACUGGAGUAUUGACGACUAAAGGGGUUUUCACACCGAUAUCAGGGGGCAAGACAAUCCUGGGUACGAUUCCCCAGCAUUUUGUUAACAAAGCAGGAGUGAUCACUCAAAUUAAUGCCGCUCAGCUGACUGGAAAGGCAGUCAUGGGGCAGAAAACAUAUGUGGCGAACAAGGGGACAUUCUAUCCAAUUUCAGCGCAGGGGGGAGCCAAGACCCUCCUGACACCAAUUUCUCAGACCACCCUGGCUGGAAAAACCAUCAUAACAAGUGCUGGUUUGGUUCCUGGCAAAGGAGCAGUGCUGACACCCUUCACUGGACAGCAGGUGAAGGCAAUGGCUGCCAAAGGCAGUCCCACUAAGGCCAAGGUGCAAUAUCAAACGGUUGCCCAGAAGAUGCAGCUACCCGUGCUCCAUAAGAAAAUGACAAUGGCCUCAACAGUCCAGAGAGUGACUACAGUAAAGUCCCCAGGUGGUGCAAUUAUGCUACAGAAUCCGCCACCCCUGCAUCAAACUUCUCAGACUCCUGGAAAAAUGACUCCCAAGAAAAUUAUAAGACACAAUGUCAUGUCCCCGUUAUCUUCACAGGCAGGUAAAUCACAGUCUCCCCAGGGUACGUUGCAGAAAUCAAAGUCCAUGGCUGCAACACCGCAAAAGGGUAGACAAGCUAAACAGAAGAUUGUUAUUCAAAAAGUCUCCCAGGACAGUCCAUCGAAGACAACAGCGACAAUAAUAAAAACUCCUGGACAAAAGGCAGCUCCUAGUGGCAUACCAGGAUCGAAUAGAGUCGUUCGAGGGCAACCAGCAGUGAAAAAUAUUCAGAAACAACUCUCAAAUGUAGUUUCACCUACAUCUCCGGUGAUUCCAGCACCAGCAGUUGUAGCAUCUCCAGUGGAGGAGCAAAUGCCGGUGCCAGAGGCAUGUGCGAUCGAAUCAAAGCCAGUGGACGCCUCGACAUCGACGACUCCAGCCGAACCGAAGCCAGAGGAACCCAAGAUUCCCUCCCAGCCCCAGAUAAUGGCACUCCCCACUGACAGUGCGGAUGGUAGUCAGACGUAUGUCCUAGUGACAAUUGAUGAGCAGGGAGGAAUUCAUCCCCUGGACAACAACGCACUCAUGUCGCUGGAGGGUACGACUCCAAAUGCCGAUGGCUCGAGGACUUUAUACAUUGAUCCUAGCUCACUGGAUCCUUCUGGAGCCAUCGACAACAUCGUCCUGCAGUUUGACAACACUGCAGUCUCAACUUUGCCACAGACUAAUGCACCUGAGGUCUCUCAAACCGUCUCCGAAGGAUUCCAAACAUCAAAUCAGGAUAUUCUGGCCGCAGCCCUGGCUAAUACUGACUUCCAACAGGAGAUUGGACUCCCUGAGACCACUGUACCCACUGUCAUGACAGCUGGAUUAACGCAAACGAGUCUCGAUACUCAGACAAUUCUCCAGAGUACACUGAUUCCCUCAACAGAGCCCAUUUCAUCGCCAUCCGUCCUGGAGACGUCUCUGACACUUAACCAACCUAUCAUGACACCUCUUGAGGUACCAAGCAGCGUUGGGAUUCAGUCGGAUGUGACUGACGCAGCCCCUGUCUCCAGUAUGGCAUCCCUGGAAAUUCCAAUCUCCAUCGCGAAUUCAAACAUCUCGUACAUGCCUGCUCCUGAGGGUAUCCUCCCUGGAAACUCAAUGCCAGACAUUGGCGAGCUGAUGGAGACCUCAGAGCCUGCUGAUGCUCAGAAUCAGGCAUCCGGUCAAUACCUGGUUAUUCCGGACAUACAGGAGGGAAUUGAGAGACAGGGAGAGACUGAGACUCAAACCGCUACGAUUUCCUACGCCGUUUCAAUCCCAGAGAAUGUCGCACUCGACUCGGGACACGUGCAGACCACUCCCUCCAUGCCAAUCAUCGAUGAUUCCUUCGUUGAUAAUGUGGAAUUUGGAGGAGAAAGCCAGAGCACAGCUGCUGAUGAAUUGAUAAAGGAAUCGCACGAGGGAAAAUCAGAGGAAAUGGAAACUCCACAGGUAGUUCGGGACAUGCCAAUCGUCCAGACUGACGAGAUCGAUCACACUCCUCUGCCGAAACCUCAGGAAGCCGAGGAUAAUUCCAGUAACAUCACUAGCUGCGUGGAGGAGCCCUCAGCAUCAGAACCAAAGCCACCAGAGGCUGAUGUCCAAUCGUCGAGCACUUUUGAAGCAGAGGCAGUAGAGAUUCAGAAAUCAGAGGAAAAUCCAUCUAAAAUGGAAAAUGAACCCGAGCCAAUGGAAACUGAGACUGUUGAGAGUGCUCCAGAAAUUCAGGUGAGCCCUCCAGUGACACAGUCGACCCAGCCCGAACCCAUGGACGUCGAUUUCGAGAGCACAGAGCCUGGGGCGAGUCAGGACACCAUUGAUGCAGUUGACGAGGCACCUUCUCAGUCUUUCGAGAAUUUUGAGAAUCUAUCGAUCAAUGAUGAGGUGAUAUCUCAGUCUACGUCAAAGUCUGAGGGAAUUGAGGCCACACAGUCGAGCCCCUAUGAGUCCCUGGAGAGAACAGUGGCUGGAGAACCUCCAACUCAGUCAUUUGAAGACGCUAGAGUGGAAUCAGGGGCGUCUGUAUCUCAAUCCUCGUACGAGGGAUCAAGUGAGAAUACAAAUACACCCACCCAAUCUUUCAACGAGGUGAGAGCCGCUGACGAGGCUGGAGACGAUCCCAGCUUCCCAACGCAGAGCUACGAAGUGGUAAAUGCUGACAAUUUGGUCGAGUCCCUGGAGACCGAUGGGGAGAUCAGUCAAGAGGGCAACAUUCCUUCGCAGUCGAAUGACGUUGGUAACGAGGGAAUUGGAACCUCAGGAUUUUCCAAUAAUUCUGGACUGAAUGAGGAUGAGACUGCGAGCUCUUCGUACGUUCCUGAGACACCCGAGACUCAGGAGAGGGAUCAGGAUCAAGAGAGUGCCAUCAGCACGUCGAGCUAUGAAAUUCCACCCUGUGAGGAAAUCAAUAUCGCGACAUCGAGUGUUAUUCCUGAUACCUCGGAUACUGCGAGUCUUCAUGAUAAUGGAGUUCCUGAAAUUCCCACCUCCUCGUACAAUCUCAAUCCUGACAGCAGCUCGACCCAUGUCGACGCUGUACCAACGUCCAGUUUCGAGGAUCAGGUGGUCGUCGAACAGAAUGUGUCGACAUCCUACGACGUGCCCAUCUCUAUGCCCAGGUUGGAGGGAGACUCGGCUCAGAAUUUCGUUAGUGAGAGUUCGGACCAGAGGAAUGAACCUAGUAGUUACUACACUCGUAAUCCUGAGGAAGGAACAUCGGAACCGAGUCAAAGCUAUUUCAUGCCAGAAGGUCCAAGUCCGAGUUACACGAGCCAAACCGUCUCCCCCAGCUGUUACGACGCACCACCUGAGACCGAGGCAAGUCAAAGUUACUACUCUACCCAAGAGGUGGACAGAACUGACCAGUCGAGAAACGUCGAGGCCUCCCAGAGUUUCUACCAGGAUACAACCGACGAAGUGAGACUGCGAUCCCAGGGUGAGGCCACCCCCACGUACACCGAGAGAUAUCCACUGGACUACACCCUCGAUAAUUCUCCAAUCGAGAGGCACGAUCUAGUGGAGAGUUCAGUGCCAGCUACAAAACCCACCGAGAGGUAAUAAUCAGCGGGACAAACUGUUUUGUAAUUUCUCCCUUGAUAAAAACAAAAAUAUAUACACCAACGUAUGUAUAUAUAUAUAUCCUUUUUUAAACGUGCUCCUGAAGUGGCUGAACUACCAAGUGUUGGUAGAAAAAUUGAACGACUAGAGAAAAAAAAAACCUACGACUUAAGUGUAAAUAUUAAAGAGUGAUGAAGGCAAAAUAAUUUGAUGAUGGCAGUGCUUGGGCAUGGGGAUAGAUCCUUAUAAUUUAUAUUGACACGAGAAAUAUAAUAGUCAACGAUAAAUUUAUAUUGACGGAGGGAUAAUGGAAAUUUAAUGACAGAACAGAUUAACACGAGCACUUGACUAUUUUUAUCAUGACUUUCGUUCGAUUAAAAGCCAAUUAUCUUUGGGAGAUUUUUUUUUUUUUAAAUUGCGCAAGGACGAAGGAUAAUUGGUAGUAUAAUUGGUCAGGCACUCGUCACUUCAGUUACGUUUAGAAUCAUGAUUGAUAAUUAGAUAUAUGGGAAGUUCAGAAUAUGUUGUGACACUGACUAUUGCAAUAUCUGAUCGGUACUGAAGGAUUUAAAAUUGUGGGGAGGCAUUAUUUUGAUGGUUCACGAUAACUCUGAGAGAUCGCAUCAAAGCUUCGUUUAGGAUUAAUCACUAUAGUGUUUAAUUUGUUUAGAGGAUAGAGAUGAGAAAAAUAAAUGGAAUAUAUGAAAGUUUAUUUGAGGUGAAGUAUCAGAGUUCCCACUAUAUGAUUUUGAGAUAUUUUGAUUUCUUCUUUUAUUUCAGCGUAUAAUCUUUGAUGUUAAUUAAUGUGGUAAAUAAUAAGGGUGGGGAUUGUGGAUUUUUUGAGUAUGUGAGAGGCUUGAAAAGUUUGUCGAGUUGUCGGAAAAAUUAUGACAUUUUUUAAAUGCUAUCAGGGGCUAAUUAAUCAUCCGGAGGGUGUAAAUAAACGACUGAUAAUGCAACUCGAUGAUAACGAGUCAAUUUUUUUGAUAAAAAAUUCAUUGAUAAGGCGACAAAGAAGUUUGAGGACUUGACAGACUUCUCAUGGCUCUGAAAACUAAAAACUAAACAAAAACACAAAAAAAAACACAUGAUAAUUAUAAUUAUUACCUUUAUAGCCUCAACAAAAUAUGUUAUAUUCGAAAAAAAAUAAACAAAAACUAUGUUUUUA